AUGUCCUCUCCAGAGGACAUAGCACGUGCACGUCAACUCAAAGAAUUAGAACCCUUGCAUGAAGCAUGGUCAAACUGGACGCACGCUCGUCAGUCCUUGGAAGAAACACUACCCCUCAUGCAAGAUCCUGACCCAACCAUGCGCACCCUAGCAUCGGAAGAAUUCACCUCCCUGGCCCAUACCCUAUCUACCCACAUAUCCACAACGUUUCCCUCUCUUCUCGUUCCUCCAUCGUCUACGCGCGACUUACAUGCUCUGCUAGAGUUGAAAGCCGGCGUCGGUGGGUCUGAAGCAGCUCUAUUCUUGUUGGACCUCCUGCGGGUUUACGUUCGAUAUGCUGGUUCAGUCGGAUGGCGAACAAGUAUCAUACAGAGCAGCGAAACCGAAAGCGGAGGGAUGCGCGAUGCUAUCCUCGAGAUUAAAGGUGAAGGGGCUUAUGAUGCACUGAGAUGGGAGAGCGGUGUACAUCGUGUGCAGCGCGUCCCCGCAACGGAAUCAAGUGGGCGGACUCAUACGAGUACUGUUGCAGUCAUAGUUCUGCCGUUGAGCGAAGAUGCUGAGAACAUCGGCGGGAAUGACGAACUCUUCAAAAUGGAGGAUGUGAAGAUCGAGGUAAUGCGUGCACGCGGUGCAGGUGGACAGCACGUCAACAAAACAGAGUCUGCAGUCCGUCUCACCCAUACACCCACCGGUAUCACUGUCUCCAUGCAAGAUGAACGCAGUCAGCAUCAGAAUAAGCGUCGUGCUUUCCAAGUCCUUCGCGCUCGCCUAAUGGAUGUAAAGCUUUCACGAGAUAUCGCCAACCGCCGAGCCACUCGCCGGAAUCUGGUCCGCACCGCGGACCGCAGCGAGAAGAUUCGAACGUAUAAUUAUGCGCAGGAUCGCGUGACAGACCAUCGAAUCGGUCUCUCCCUCAUGAACCUCACCAGUUUCCUGGAAGGUGACGGCGUGCAGGAUUUUCUGGAUGCCUUGCGCCGAAACUGGCAAGAAGAAAUCAUGGAGGAUGUUGUUGGAGAGUCUGAAUGA